AUGAAUCGCCUAUAUACCCUAAUUUUUAUUCUUUUUACCUUUCUCUUCGUUACCGCUUUUUCAGAAGAGGAUUUAAUACCUGUCAAACAAGUUACUGCUAAUCUUCUCAAAAUCAGAAAAGUUGGAUACAAUAAAUUAAUUGCAGAAGUUACAUGGGAUGGAACACUUGAAAGAGAUGAUGAACCGGUUAAAACCAAAUUUAGAUGCUUUUCUGAUGCUGUGACUGUUAAAGGUCCUAAGCAUGGUGUAUUUGGUGACCGUAAGGUCAAUUUCGAAUUAAAGGUUCACAAAAAGAAUGUCAAUGUGAAAUGUCGAUUUGGAAUUUUCGAUAUUGACUCUUUCAAGAACAUAAUUAGUUUCCGAACUUAACUCUAGCAGUAUUAAAUUAUUAUUAUUUAUUAUUUAAUGUAGUAUGUGGCGCAGCUAGUAAGUUAAAUUGUAAUAAAAAAGUUAUAAUAGUAAGCUUUCUCCUAGGAUCAAUAGGACAAAAGAAUGUUUACAUC